UCACAUCUCCACGUCGACUCUGCGCGGAGACUGAGAUCGAGAGGAGAAGGAAAAACAAAAAAAACUGAAAACAAUAUUAAGAAAAUUCCGAGAAAAUGAAGAAAAAUGACUUUUUUCAAUGGUGAAUUCUUUAUUAUAUAGUAUAUUUUUUUUGUUCCACUCCAUAACAUAAUUAGCAAAAUUAUAUCAUCCUCUUCCUUCUCUCUUCUUUUCCUCUUUGAGACCCUCAAAGGAAACAUCUUUAGAUUCAUUCUAGGACAAAUGCUCCCAUAAAUAAUCUUAAACAAGACAGAAGAUUCUAUUUUAUGUUGAGCAGUUCCCGUUCCAAUUAGAAACAACCUUUAGCGCGUCCAACAUCUACCAAUACAAGAAAUAAGUCCAUGGAUAAAGAAGUGAACAAGACCACUUCUGUGUAUGUCAAUCACGCUGCAAAUGCUUGGCUUGAGAAUAGAAGAAAAUGGAUAGGAGAUAAAUCUAAAAAAUCAAAAACAUUGGCGAAGGAUCCAAUCAUAAGCUGGUCAACAACCUAUGAUGAACUGCUUUCAACAAAUGAACCCUUCCCUAAGCCUAUCCCUUUACCUGAGAUGGUAGAUUUUUUAGUAGAUAUUUGGCAUGAUGAAGGCCUCUUUGAUUGAAUAAUCAAUGAUAACAUCAUAGUUUAGUAUGGCAAGAGAUUAAUAGAAAGGUAAAGAAUUCAAACUGUUCUUGUAGCUAAUUCAUUGAAUUUCAAAUUAUGCUUGUUACUGUUAGCAAUCAAUUCUUUUGGGUUUUAUUCCCAUAGUCAAGUUGUGAUGUAAUUUGAGAAUUGUAUCUAAAAUUCAAAUAAUUUUUUAUGUAAA